AUGAGAAAAACUAUGACUUUAUAAUCUGAUUAUUCUAAAUCAUCUUUCUUUAAUGAUGGGAAGUAACUAUUUUGUAAUCCUCCUCAUCUUUAGAUGGAGUUUACACAAUUUGGAAACUUUCUAAUGAAAUAUAAUAAUCGACAAAACCCUACAAACUUAUUUUUACAAGAGCCUAUAAUAAAAAUAGUUGAUGAAGUAUUUUUUAAAUAUAUAUGAAAGAAAGGUGAAAGAUUCAUAAACAUCUAUAAUGUCUGUGUCAAAAAGACUUUAAAUUCUAAAACAUAGCAGUUAGGGCUAAGAAUAAGCAAAAAUGGAUAAUUUAUUGAGUUAUAUGGAGAAAUAAUUGAAUUGUGGAAAUCAAUAAAAAAAUUCGCUAUCUAAACUGACUUCUCGUUAAAAUACAAACUGGGACAAAAAAUAGGAGAGGGAUAUAGCUCAUCAGUAGAUUAUAAAAUAAUUUUAGGUUUACAAGGCUUAUAAAAUCAUUAAUGGAUAAAAAGUGGCUGUGAAAAUUAUUGAUAAAAGCCUGAUUUCAAGAAAUAACAAUACUGAGAAACAAUAUUUAAUUAAUGAGUUAGCUGUUCUUAGAAAAAUUAAUCACAAUAAUUUACUCAAACUUCAUGAAACAUUCGAAUGUGAUGAGAACAUAUAUAUAGUGACUGAUUUGUUGGAAGGUGGAAAUUUGAAAAAUUCUAUAUUUAGGUUUAGAUAUUCUGAAUAAGAAACAAUAAUCUUGAUGUAAACAUUAUUUAAAUCACUCAAUUAUCUUCAUGAAAGAAAUAUUUUUCAUAAUGAUAUUAAAUUUGAUAAUAUUCUUCUAAGAGAUUCAUAAGAUUUAACUUCAGCCUGUAUUAUAAACUUUGGAAAAUCAGAAAUCAUUGAAUAAAAUCUCUUUAGCUCUUAUAAUCUUAAUAUUUAUGAAUAAACUCCACUUAUUUAAUUUAUUAGAAAAAAGGAUAUUCUUGCCUUAUGUAUUGUUAUUUAUAGCAUUUUCUAAAAGAGACUAUAUUAAGAAAAACUUAUCUUAGAUGAAUUAUUAAUGAAAAACUAUGAAAGUGUGGCUGAUAUUGAGUUAAUGAACUCAAAUCCAACUUUAUAGCAAUUUUUUGAGAUAUUGUUAAGUUAAAAAGGUGCAAAUUAAUUAGAUUCUUUAAAAUGCUCUGACAUCUUAAAUUUUGAAGUAUUUAACUUGAAUAUUCAGAGACGAUCAUCUAAAAUUUAAGGGAUACCUUAUAAUAUAAUUAAUAAUUUUAGACGUUCUUCUAAAUUUUCCCCUAGAAAUUCAUAAAAGGAGCAAUAAAUUAGCAAUAAUUUACAAAAAAGCCUCAAAUUGCCAACAAUUUUAGAUUCUUCAGAUUCAAAGAUUUUAUAGAAAAGUUCUUAUAGUCCAUAAACUGAAAAUUAUAUUUCACAUAGAUUAUUAUCUGGAGAAAAACGAGAUUCUUAAAAACCUCGCUAUAGCUUUUUAAAGAAAUGCUUAAGCCCAAAUAUUUGA